AUGAUAUCAAUUUCGGUGCAGGCCACUGCGGCACCGCCCCCGCCAGUCCCCGAGGCGGCUGAACCCGGCGAGGCAAGCACGUCCGGCCCCACCACGAUCUACAGCCGCCCAGAGCUGUACGAUGUCGCUUUCAGCUACCGCGAUUUCAAAUCUGAGGUCAAAUUCCUCCAGGACGUGCAAAAGGCCCAUGGCGCGGCGCCACAGCUGACAUCCGUGCUUGAGCUGGGCUGCGGCACCGCACGCCACCUGGCCAGCCUCUCCAAGGCUGGCGUAUCCAAAGUCGCAGGCCUGGACAUGUCCCCUGAGAUGUUGGCCUUCGCACGCGGCAACGUCUCAAAAGUGGGGCCCAAGGCGCAGGCAGUAGAGCUGCUUGAAGGCGACAUGGCAUCCUUCGACUUGCCGUUCAAGUCCUUUGACAUGGUCAUCUGCCUCCUGGGCACCUUCAGUCACCUCCUUGACACUCAGCAAGCCAUAUCUUGCUUCCGCAAAGUAGGGGAGCAUCUACGUCCCGGCGGGCUAUUUGUGGUGGAGCUGGCGCAUCCGGGUGAUCUUUUCGACGGCACACUGAUUACGGGCGAGAGCGGCAAGGAGCUCUGGGAACGGCCGUACAACGGUGGCAAGGUCUUCGUAGAGUGGGGCGACAGCCUGGACAACUUUGACCCCGUGACCCAGAUCCUGUACCGUACGGUAACGAUCUCGGUGUUCCGUGGAGAUGAGGCUGUGGACUCCGUGACUGAGGUCGUCGCGCAGCGGCAGUACACUGUACGUGAGCUGGAGCUGCUGGCGGGCAUGACGGGGUUUGAGACGCAGGCGCUGUACGGCGAGCUGCGGUUGGGAGUGGAUCUCGAGCACGAGGAUGCGUAUCGUAUGGUUGCAGUCUACAAGAAAGUUUAA